CUGAAGGCUCCCCUUUAGUCCCUCCAACUCGCAGCCAGCACGUAGGCGAAAGAGAGAAGAGAGAGCGAGAGAGAUGGCUUCCGAGAAGGUGGAGACCAUCGUCGCGGGGAACUAUGUCGAGAUGGAGAGGGAAGGCGAGGUGAAGGCCUCGAAGAGCAAGCUCUCGCGGUACUUCUGGCAUGGCGGCUCCGUGUAUGAUGCUUGGUUCAGCUGUGCUUCCAACCAGGUGGCUCAAGUGCUGCUCACACUGCCAUACUCAUUCUCCCAGCUCGGGAUGUUGUCAGGCAUCCUCUUCCAGCUGUUCUAUGGGCUGAUGGGAAGCUGGACUGCGUACCUUAUCAGUGCGCUCUACGUGGAGUACAGGACUCGGAAGGAGAGGGAGAAAGUGGACUUCAGGAACCAUGUCAUUCAGUGGUUUGAAGUCCUCGAUGGGCUAUUGGGAAAGCACUGGAGGAAUGCAGGUCUGUUCUUCAACUGCACAUUCCUUCUUUUCGGCUCAGUGAUUCAGCUAAUAGCAUGUGCAAGCAACAUUUACUACAUCAAUGAUAACCUCGACAAGAGAACCUGGACCUACAUCUUUGGGGCAUGUUGUGCUACAACAGUCUUCAUCCCUUCCUUCCACAAUUAUAGGAUCUGGUCCUUCCUAGGCCUCCUGAUGACUACGUAUACUGCGUGGUAUCUAACAGCAGCUGCCUUGCUCCAUGGGCAGGUGGAAGGCGUCACCCAUUCAGGCCCAUCCAAGUUGGUAUUGUACUUCACAGGCGCUACCAACAUCCUCUACACUUUUGGAGGCCAUGCUGUCACAGUAGAGAUCAUGCACGCCAUGUGGAAGCCGCAGAAGUUCAAGCUCGUGUACCUGUUUGCCACGCUCUAUGUGCUGACUCUCACCCUUCCGUCGGCAGCUGCAAUGUAUUGGGCCUUCGGCGACAUGCUGCUCGAUCAUUCCAAUGCCUUCUCUUUGCUCCCGAGGUCUGGAUUCAGGAAUGCUGCAGUCGUCGUCAUGCUCAUCCAUCAGUUCAUAACCUUUGGAUUCGCGUGUACGCCUCUGUACUUCGUGUGGGAGAAGGCGAUCGGCAUGCACAAGACGAAGAGCGUCUGCAAGAGGGCACUGGCGAGGCUGCCCGUAGUGAUCCCGAUAUGGUUCCUAGCAAUAAUAUUCCCCUUCUUUGGUCCCAUCAACUCCACCGUCGGCUCCCUUCUCGUUAGCUUCACGGUGUACAUCAUUCCAGCCAUGGCGCACAUGAUGACCUUCGCUCCCGCUUCUGCCAGAGAGAAUGCUGUGGAGAGGCCUGCAUCGUUUCUAGGAGGCUGGGUUGGCCAUUACUGCAUGAACGCGUUUGUGGUGGUGUGGGUGUUGGUGGUCGGCUUUGGAUUUGGGGGGUGGGCGAGCAUGCUCAACUUCGUACAUCAGGUGGAUACGUUCGGCCUCUUCACCAAGUGCUACCAAUGCCCUCCAAGGCACUAAUGAGUCGAGGGGAAGCAAAGAGAAGUGGAUUACGUAUGUGUGUGAGUGUGGAAGGAUUUGGCUGCUUAGAUUGUAUGUAUGCUUAAUGAGGUGCAAUUGACCUGGAAAAACCAUGUGUUUGUCGUAGCAUCAUUCCAAUGGGGGUACUGUUACUGCUAAUACUACUACUACUACUAAUAUUAUAUUGGGGCUUUUACAUGAAGGAAUCAAAAUCUCUUUGUAGUUUCA